AUGGCUCCAACAAGGCUUCACUUACAGAACCAGUCUCAAAGAUCUAAUGAAACCUUCAAGGAGUAUGCUCAACAUUGGCACGAAAUGGCGUCUAGGGUUCGACCAGCACUAUCUGACAACGAGUUGGUCGACAUCUUCAUGGGUACGCUGCAAGGGUUGUAUUUUGAGAAGAUGAUUGGAAGUUCAUCAAUAAACUUCACUAACAUGGUUACUAUUGGGGAACAUGUUGAGAGCGGGCUGAAAUUCGGGAAAAUAGCAGACACGAUCACACCGCAGACAAUCAACAAGAGAUCGCAUGGGGGCUUUGCAAAAGAGAAGGAGGGGGAAGCAAACGCUGUGACGGCGAGGGCUUGCCCCCGAUAUCGAGUUCCGACAGACCCUAUGCCGUAUUAUCCAUAUCCAUACGUUGCCGCAGCUCAAUACCAACAGCCGCCUUUCCAGUAUCAACCGCAGAAAGAUAAUCAACAAUCAACACCCACUCAGAGAAAUCCAAACCAACAGUAUAAUCGAGCACAGAACCGAGGAAACAAUUUUGGGAACCGGCCCCAAAUUGACAAGAUUUUGGUGCCGUACUUCAAAUUAAUCCCGUAUCUAGUUCAUGUAGGAGCGAUCAUACCAAAGGAAUUGCCCGCAGCCACUCCUCCAUUCCGCGCCAACCACGAUCCUAAUGCUUCGUGCGCGUAUCAUGCCGGAUUCAUAGGGCACUCUAUAGAAAAUUGUUGGGCACUUAAAUGCAAGAUUCAAGACUUGAUCAACCAGAACAUCCUUACCUUCUCCGAAGAAAAACCGAAUGUAAAGACAAAUCCUUUUCCAAAUCAUAGUAGCGCGUUAGUCAACGUCGUGAUUGAAGAGGUAAAUGCCGAAGUCAUACUGAAAGUUGAAGAGGCGAAGACUCUGAUGUCCGUUGUAUUACAAAAGCUUGAACAGUUUGGGUUUUUAGAAGAGGUGCAUGAUGAUUGUACAAUAUGCAAGUUCGAUCCAGAUAUUUGCGAGCAGUUGAGAGGGUGCGUGCAGGCACUAAUGGACCAAGGGUUAAUACAGUUCUCCAUAUCUCAAGUAGCAGAAGAGGUGGCAGUGAUUGAACCAAUAACAAUUGUAUAUAGGAAGAAGAAGGUUGAAGUUUCUCCCAAGAGGAUUCAGUCGAUUCAUUUCCGUGUUCCAACUCCGUUUCCGUAUCAGAAUACCAAGGAAGUGCCUUGGAAUUAUGAGACCACAGUGUAUUUGGGAGGGAAAGAAAUCUGA